UCGACCCCGGUUCUGGAUCCUUCUCUGUCACCCACUCUGUCGUCUAGAUUCCAAUCACUGCCCAUGGCCACUUUAGUCAGUUCGGAUGCGGCGUGGGAUGCUGUAACUCUAAGGGCUGGUUUGGGUUGGUCUUUCCGUUCAAAUACGGAUGUCACGACUAUCAAUGAGACUUGCGGUUCGACAACACGCACUCAUGUCAACUCUGCAUUGGAAGCAGAAGCUUGGGCAAUCUGGGAGGCUCUUACUCAAGCAAAAUCUGAUGGCAUACAGGAGAUCCAUGCGCUCUCCGACUGCCAAACCUUGGUCAAACUGUUGAACUCUUCGGCUCUCCAUACCGAAAUUCAAUCAAUUAUCGAUGACAUCCGAGCUCUUCGCUCCUCCUUUAAACUUUUUAUGUUUUCUUUCAUUCCUAGAUGUUCUAAUAGCAAAGCUGAUGCUUUAGCUAAAAACGCUCUUCAAGCGAUUGUACCAAACCAUGUUCCUUGAGUUUACUUAAUGGAAUCUCCUUCU